CGCCUCCUCCACACCCUCCUCCACACACUUCUCUCUACCGCCUCGGUCACACAACCGCUGCGAACGAGGGGCGCAUCUCUCAAACAACCAUGGCCGACUACAGGGAGGCAAGACCCUCCACUGACGAAGAGUCGGCCCCUCUUCUCGACGACGCUCACGGACAGCAGCAAGGCCAUAACCCCCAUCACCCUUCGUUCUCAGAACGCCUUGGGUCCAUUGUACACGAGCCUCUUACUCUCCUCAACAAGAUCCUGCUCGUCUUACUCCUCGCCCUGCUCAUACUGAGUUCUGUCUUCAUUGGUCUCUUCGCCGGAGCCCAACACAAACUCCACACGCCGCACAAUGAGCCCGGCGGACAGGAGCCUCCCACCACGGUCACGAACACGGUUACCGUGCCGACUACUACCACUGCCGUGACCACCACCACCAUCGUUCCCGCACCCGCACCUUCUCUUCCUCCGAAAGAACCAGUGUGCAUGACCCCCGAUUGCGUUGUGCUUUCCGCGGCCAUAUUGUCUUCCUUGGAUACAACUCAAGACCCUUGCGAUAAUUUCUACGACUAUGCCACCGGGGGAUGGCGGAAGUCUCAUCCCAUUCCAUCCGACAAGGGCAGCUUCGCCACAUUUACCUCUCUUUUCCAGGAAAAUCAGCAAAUAGUUCGCGACAUCCUUGAGAACGAGCAAUCCGCGUUUACUGUCGGGUUCACGUCGUCUUAUGAUGAACAAGUCUUGACCAAACUUCGUGACUUGUAUUCUUCAUGCUUAGACGAAGAUACGCUCGAUCAGUUCGGCGAGGGACCUCUGAAGGACUUUGCACGCACUGUGAAGAAACUAUUCCGAGGCGAGACGACGGACAUCGAUGCCAAAGAACCACGUAACGAUGUGCAAAAUGGCCGUGAUGGUCUGACUGCCGCGAUCAGCUACUUGCAUUCUCGAGGUAUCCCCGGACUAUUCGACAUCUCCGUUGAAGGGGAUGCUGCAGUUGACCCUAACUUCAUGGUCCUGUGGUUCAGCCAGCCAAGAUUUGGUCUGCCAUCAAAGGAAUAUUACGAUGACGAGUCGGCACGUAAGAUCUAUCAAGAGGUCGUUGAAAAUCUUCUUCUAGUGCUCUAUGAGGAAGAAGAAGAAUUACGGCGGGAAGCCACACAGAAUCUAAUCCUGAACGAAGAAAGCGUAAUUCACAAGCUGGCCAAGAGGGUCGUCAAAUUCGAACGGCGUCUAGCGAAUGCGAGCCUGGACCUCGACAUUCUACUUCAAGACCCGAUAGGGACGUAUAACAAAGUCCCCAUUUCAAACAUCACCUCAACGCUGCCGCAAAUCAAUUUCAACGACUACUUUGCGACCUUCACUCCCCGAAACUAUCCGGACGAAAUCAUCAUAACCUACCCGGCUUAUACGCGUUCGCUUGCCCACAUCCUGAACACGACCUCUUCGGACGUCGUAGAAGCGUACUUGGUCAUCCAGGCCGCCCUUGUGCUCGCACCCCGCCUCGGCGCGUCCACGGACCUUUGGAAAGCUGAACGGAGACUGUACGAAGUUCUUCAAGGCAUCAAGCCUGGCGCCGUCGGCGAUAGGGCUGAGUUCUGCGUGGACAAUGUUGAUCGGGCGCUCGGAUUCGCGACAGGUCGGUACUUCGUGAACGAAACCUUUGGCGGAGAUGCAAAGGAGAAGGGUACGAAGGUUAUAACAGACAUCGUGACGGCUUUCAAAGCGUCGCUGUCUAACAUUGCUUGGAUGGACAAGGAGUCCGCGGACGCUGCCGCCGCAAAGGCCGACGCCAUUCGCGUCAAAGUUGGCUAUCCCGAGUCUCCCGACACCCGCAGCGCUGAAUCGAUUGCGCGGUAUUACAGCCUCGUCCGAGUCGACAAGCACACGUUCUUCGACAACAUGCUGAGCUCAUCUGCAAGCGAUGUAUACAAGGCCUGGCAACAGUUGGGUAAACAGCGCGACCCAGGAGCAUGGGAGAUGAGCCCACCGACCGUGAACGCAUAUUAUAAUCCUCCUGGAAACGAGAUCGUAUUCCCAGCUGGGAUUCUAAGGCCACCGUUCUUCUCCAAAGACUGGCCUUCGUACCUUAAAUACGGUGCCUUUGGUCAAGUGGCCGCUCAUGAAUUGACUCACGCCUUCGACUCAGCCGGAAGGUUGUACAACCAAGAGGGCAAGCUCGAAGAAUGGUGGACAAAUGCCACUAGCGAUGGUUUCCAGGUCAAACAAGACUGCAUCGUCAAUCAGUUCUCUUCCUAUACCAUUGACGAUGGAAAGGGCAACUCGGUCCAUCUGAAUGGCAACCUGACCUCUGGAGAGAACAUUGGCGAUUCGGGUAUCAUUCAAGCAUAUCGAGCUUGGCAGGCCCAAUUUGAAGAGUCGUACAAGGAAGGGAACGAGUAUCUCCUACCCGGAUUGAACUUCACAAGGGAUCAGCUCUUCUUCCUCUCUUUCGGUCGUAUUUGGGCUCAGAAUAUCAAGCCAGCUUCCUUGCUCCAACGUGUGCGCACUGAUCCCCACUCGCCAAACAAUUACCGAGUAGAAGGGACAUUGUACAAUGUUCCAGCAUUCGCCAAGGCGUUCAAUUGUUCAUCCAAGGCCAAGCUCAACCCACCGCCCGAGAAGCAAUGUUUGUUUUGGUAGCUUUGAUGCUUUUGGGAUAGAUGCCUUGAGGUGCCAGUUUCUAUACCUGGGAAGAUCGUGUUCUUUUAAGUCUCGUUAUAUUUAUGAACAAUACAAAUUAC